UAUUUUUAAAUCCAUGGAUAUUGAUGCUUACCUUCGUUAAAAAAUUUACAUUGACAACUUUGCAUCUGUUGAUAUGCUAUGAAUUGACGGCAUGAAUUAGUAAUUAGUGGUAACUACUGGUUGCUGCUGGUAGGCUGAAAAGUUAUGAACGAUGGAAUAUUUGAAUUUACCAGAUGAUAAAAUUUUAUAUAAAGCUAUUAUGGAAAUUAAUGAACCAAUAUUAUUUAAAAGAAUACUACAAGAUACAAAAGGUCAAUAUGCAUGGAAAUUAUUUGAAUGGAAUUUGUUGGAAUUUACUGAAAAACUAGGAGACACCAAGUUACCAUUUCGAGUUGGUUAUAAUGCCAGAUCUGUGGGUCCUCAAUGGGAAGAAAAUUGUUCUACAGUUUCAAUGACCCUAUCAGAAUUUAUUAACCAUAUAACUGUUAAUGAAAAUGACACAAAAUGGUAUUAUUUUGAUUAUAAAUAUAUGCAAGAAUGGUUCAAAGAUAAGUCAGAGGUAAUAAAUUCAAUAACUUGGAAAAGAUUUGGUAUUGAUAAAGAUGGUACUGAUUCUACUCUCUGGAUUGGAAGCAAAUGUGCUCAUACAAAUUGUCAUCAAGAUUCUUAUGGCUCUAAUUUAAUAGCACAAAUUCAUGGAAAGAAACAAUGGUUAUUGUUCCCCCCAAGUUCAAGUAAAUUUCUUCAACCAACAAGAAUCCCUUAUGAGGAGUCUACAGUGUACAGUAAAUAUAAUUUUUUCUGCCCUACUGAAGAGGACGAAAUAAAUGUAUUAAAAAUACAGGAGAAACCAAAACUGGUAAUUCUUGAGCCAGGAGAUGUGUUAUUUGUUCCUCCUGGUUGGUGGCAUUAUGUUGAAUCACUUGAUCUUACUGUUAGUGUAAAUAUAUGGUUACCAAUAGUGGAAGAUCAUAUGUCACGAGUUAAGGAAGCUAUUGUUAAAUUAAUAAUGGCUGGAAUUGGAAAAAGUAUUUGCAAUAUUACUGAUGAAGCUGGCUGUACGUUACCUGAUUGUAUAAGUUUGCUAAAUAUUGCCCUUGAGCAGUGCAAAAAUGUGGAAACUAAAGAAUCAUCUUUUAAGAAGAUGAAGCAUAGUACAUGGACAGCUACAGAUCUAGCAGCACAGUAUCCAGUUUAUGUGAAACUUCUCCAAGAGCUUGAUGUAUCGGAAUUAGAAGAGUUUCUGAAAACGAACAGAAGAAGAUUUCCUGAGAAUAGUAUUGAAUUAUUAAAAAAUAAUCAUUCUGAAAUUGACACUGUUGCACAAAACAGUUCUGCAACUCAGAAACUAUCCAAAGAUAUUAUUAAUGCACUUUGUCAUCCUGAUGUUGUUACUAAAGUUACAGAAUUACUUUUAUCUUGAAA